UUGAGACCCGUAAAUGGAAAAGUGGUGAAUCGUUUUCAAUGUACUUCAACAGCAAGGUGGAAUUGGCUAAGAGUAUCCUGUUAACAGAAAGAGAAUUUAUUCAAUAUGUAAUCUAUGGGAUACCAGAUCGUCAAAUUCGCACAACAGCCAAUAUGAUGCGUUUUAAAACAAAGGAGGAUUUGCUAUCAUCAUUAUUGCUUGCCGAGUUACCACCAGUUCGUCCAGCGGGAUCAUUGAAUGUUAACUCAAAGCCAAAUGAGGAGGCCAAGGGAAAUCUGAACGAGAAGCAGAAACUUCGUUGUUACAACUGCAACUGUGGGGGUCAUAUGGCAGCAAACUGCCGAAAGCCGAAACGAGAAGAGGGUGCUUGCUAUGGCUGCGGUAAGAUGGAUCAUAAGGUUGCAGAUUGUACCGAAAACAAGAAAAAGAAGGAUCCAACUAAUAGUUAUGGAAGUUCUGAUUAUAGUGUCUCAUAGAUUCUGGAAGUCCUGUCAGUCUUAUUAAAAAGUCAUUUGUUCCGGCUGAUGUCAAAAUGAAAUCUGCGUCAGAAGCUGUGUAUUUUGGUUUAAAUAACAGUAAAUUAAUUACAAAUGGAAGAAUUUUUGCGUUAAUUAAAAUUUUCAAUAAAGUAACACGACUUGAAAUGUUGGUCGUUCCUAAUGAAUCCAUGAGAAAUUCUAUUUUAUUGGGCAGAGAUUUUCUAAACUUAAGUGGAGCCAAAUUGAUAUGGAAUAAAAGUGACGAAAGCGAUGAGAUAGAUAAUCCUGUGGAAAAUAUUGAUAAUGAACUGCAGGAAAAAGAAUUUGCUAUGUGUACCGAUGAUUUUGAAAAGAACAUUUUUACAAUUGAAUACGAAACAAAUGAUAUUGAUAUAAACAUUGGAGAAAAUUUAUCGAAUAUAGAAAAAACUCAAUUCAAUGACUUGUUUGAGAAAUAUUAUACCACCCCUGUACGACCAAAUGAGCCAGAAACAAAAUGCGAAAUGAAAAUAAUUACAAAUGAACUCAAACCUUUCAGUUGUAAUCCAAGACGUUUGUCUUAUGCUGAGAAAAAAGAAUUACAGAAGAUUUUAGAUGAAUUUGUUGAGAAGGGAUACAUCAGACCCAGUGAUUCUGAAUUCGUGUCACCGAUAGUUCUGGUAAAAAAAGCGUCAGGCGAACUUAGAAUGUGCAUCGAUUUUAGGAAAUUGAAUAAAAUGACAGCAAAGGAUAGUUACCCCAUACCGCUUAUUGAUGACUUGUUAGACCAAUUGUCAGGGAAAAAAUGGUUUACCAAACUAGAUUUGAAAAACGGGUUUUACCAUGUUUUUAUGCAUGAAGAUUCGAUACGAUACACAUCUUUUACGACACCUUUAGGGCAAUUCGAAUAUUUAAGAAUGCCAUUUGGGCUUAGAAAUGCACCUUCAACAUUCCAAAGGUUUGUCAACAAAAUUUUCAAUGAUUUAAUUAAAGAAGGAAAGGUGAUUGUAUACUUAGACGACAUAAUGAUCGCGACCGAAGAUUUAGAAACACAUUUUGAGAUUUUAAAAGAAGUUUUUAAAAGGCUGGUUAGGAAUAAACUCGAGCU